AUGUCCAUUCCCAACGCAUCACAAGACGCCCACGUGCCGCCGCCACUUCCGCCACCCAGGAUCGUUCCCGUCAUUGGUCCCAAGUCGGCGUCAAUCGAAGAUUACCGACCACGAGAGCCAGAGCCCAUGGAGGAGAUGCCCAACUAUAAGACCCGGCAAGACAAAGAUGAGGGAUACUACUCUAUGGGGUCGCGCAGUCGAGAUCCGUUUGGCUCUGCCAAGUUCGGCCUGUUCCACGACCACUACCAAUUCAAGUCGAGCGCCGAUGCCUACGACAGCUUGCUGCUGAAGAAACUGGAUUUGCGAAGGGGGUUGGAAAAUCGGUCUCCACCACGACAUGGCGGCUUGCUGAGCGCGUCAGCUCGCGAACCUCUCCGACCGGUAGACCGCUUUCCCACUCUGCAGCCGCUGUCUCUACCUACUCGCAUGAAACAGCAACAGCAACAUCAGCAGCAGCUUCAGGGCCAGCUGCUCGACUCGCCGAACCGAUACACAGACACCCCUCUGCACUCUGCCGUGUCCCCCCGGAGUGCACCGUUCGGCCACUAUCCCAAUGGCCUCCGAUCACCAAAGAGGGAGCAUUACGAAUACGAGCGGUCGCCGGAAGCACAGACGUGGAGGACUGCUAGCAGCUCUAACCCUGAUGAUGCGUUCAAUAGUGGCUUUGGCGACGACGAUACCGGCUUUCCAAUGGAGGAGACUAACCGCCUGCGGGAGUUCCACUUGGCCAGCGAAUACGCGUCGGUGGGUCAGAAGCGCCGAGCAUCGUCGCCACCCGUGACCGAAGAGCCAACUAUUCCGCUGUAUAGUAUGUCCUCCAGCGAGCACCUUCGCUGGCGUGAGGGAGUGUCUCGCGGCUCGCCAGCGCCCCGGCUCUGUGCAACUGCACAGGACUCCAUAUCAUCAGUCUCAUCUGUCGGCCUGUCUGUCAGCCGUACAAGCUCUUCGUACAGCAAUUUGUCCCCGGCAGGCACGAGCAUGGCCAGCGGUUGUCUCACCUUUGGCCGGAGGUCUCCGUGUGACGGCCACUCGCCUGCCAGCGGGUUGCUGAAGCGUACGGACUUCUUCAUGUGCGAAUGCUGUCCCAAGAAGCCAAAGAAGUUUGACACGGAGUCACAAUUAAGAUCACACGAGAUGGAGAAGCAGUACGAAUGCAACUAUUGUGGCAACCGGUUCAAGAACAAAAACGAAGCGGAGCGACACCAAAAUUCAUUGCACGUACGGCGACACAGCUGGUCUUGUGCAGCACUGUCCAGCUAUGACCGGGCCUUCCACGAAAGCACAUUCCGGCCAGGAGAGGCAGACACGUGCGGGUACUGCGGCGAAGAGUUUGCACGGAGCGGGUGUGCGGCCGGACGGCCAGAUGCUCGGCACGCGACGGAGCAGGACUGGGAUGACCGCAUACGACACCUGCAGGAUGUGCACAAGUUUCGCGAAUGUAAUGCCAGCAAGAAGUUUUUCCGGGCUGACCACUUCCGUCAGCAUCUGAAGCACAGCCAUGCUGGAACUAGCGGCAAGUGGACGAAUAUGCUAGAAAAUGCCUGCAUGAUGGAAGAGGAACCCCCGCUUCCAGUGCGGUAG